AUGGGGAAUUACUCCGACCUCCCCCCUCACGAGAGGCCGGGAUACACUCCCAAAUCCCCAGACGGCCCGGGAAGCGCGAUUCCGUAUCCGAUGGACGGCCCAACCGUUGCGAUGCCUUCGAUGCCUUCAUACACAAUGAACCCAGGGGAGGUUACCCCUGGUGGUGGCAAGAGCAAGAGCAAGAGCAAGGACAAAAGUCGCGAUAAGGACGAGGCUUCUCUGCCACCACCACCUUCUCGACCCCAUCGGCUCUCGGUGGGCCGAGAGCCUGCGGAAUUGCGUCCGCGUUCACCAGGACUACCCCGAAUGGACCGCCUGUCCGUCAGUGGUAAUCGUCCUCAGAUCGGGGAAAUCCCUCCCCCGUCUCCGCUACUCGAAGCAUAUCAUGGAACGUAUCAGUCAAUUUCUCCUAUGCCUUCUCCGGUGAUGAGAGCUCCGCGUUUUGAUGACGAUCUGGACCUGGAGGAUCUGCCUCCCCUUUCUCCGAACAUAUCGCGUUCCUCGCUUACCGGGCAAACUCAACGCCCCAGGGCUUCUUCGCACGUUCGUCGCGUAUCCACCCGCGAAUCCACCCGCGAGUCCUCCCCCCCUGGCGCCAAGAAAAAGAAAGUAGUCCUUUAUUCGAACGCUGCCGAAGAGGAGGCUCGCGAUAUCGCCGGUGAGCUGUCGCGAAGUUCACCGAACUUUCGCGUUCUAAGCGAAAUCCUGCCCAUUCUUUCGCAUGAUCAGAUGCUACAACUACGCGCGGCAUAUAAGAAAGUUUGCAGGAUACAGGGCAAGGGCAUCAACAUCGCGAAGCACAUCAAAAUGAAGGUUUCGGGGCCUUUCGGUAAGAUCGCACAUGUGACCGCGCUGGGCCGCUGGGAGUCCGAAUCGUAUUGGGCAAACUCAUGGUACCAGUCGAACAAUGCUCGGCGUGAAUUGCUCAUUGAGAGCUUGAUGGGACGUACCAACGCGGAGAUUCGUGAAAUUAAGCGAUCAUUUCACGAUAAGCGUUAUGGUGAUUCUCUCAUGCGUUGCAUGGACAAGGAACUUAAAGCGGACAAGUUUCGGACAGCGAUCUUGCUCGCGCUCGAAGAGCGUCGUCAGGAAGAGAAUGAGAGCUGGGGGACGGAAGAACGAAAUCGAGAUGUGGAUGCCCUGUACCGGUCUUUGAAGGAGGGUAGAGAAACCGCGAUGCUGAACGUCGUGGUCCUCAGAUCGGAUGCGCAUCUCCGAGAGGUAUUGCGCACUUACGAGCGAAUGCACCGGCGCAAUUUUGCAAAGGAAGCGCUGAAGAAGAGCAACAACCUCGUUGGUGAAGUCGUUGCACAUAUCCUCAACGGUGUAAUCAACAAGCCGGCUCGUGAUGCCAUGCUCCUACACCAUGCCGUGGAAGAUCUGAGUGGGGAGAAUAGUAGCAGCCGGGACUCUAGGCAUGUGCCUAAAGACCGAUAUGAAUUGCUUAUUUCCAGAUUGGUCCGGCUUCAUUGGGAUCGGGUGCACCUGCACCGGGUCAAGGAUGAAUAUCGUGAGUUAUACCGGAAGAGCUUGGAAAGGGACAUUGAUGAGAGGACGAGAGGGGACUUCCGAGACUUUUGCAUUGCCCUCUGCGAGGGUGGAAGGUGA